UAACAACCUCCUACGCACUUAACACAUGUACAAGACUAUAAAUCGCAGUGUCCCCGCAGGUAUCCGUCAUAGGCGCCUGAAUAUUCCGUCGAUAUACUCUCCCUCUGUUGCGCAAAGCAUAUAAAGGCCUCCAGAAACAUCCCCCUACACCGGCGAACCUGUCCUCCGCUCGCCCGCAACCUCCGCAUCUUGCGCGCAACACUGCCUGACGCAAGCUAUAUAGGUCACGCCCUUUAUAGCUGAUACAGCUACUCUGCACAUUGCUACUGGACUUUUUGUCUAAUCAAGAAUCUUCCCAAAACUUUUCCAUUGGUGGGACCAGAGAAACAAAACAAACCUUCACCCCCCGAGUUCAUUGUCAAGAUGUCAACCGCAACGAAUCCCGGUAGCUCUCCCGGAACACCAGAGCCCCAUCUGCACAUUCCCAGCAAAGAGGAAGUCAAAGAAGAAGUGGUAGUUGCAACGAAACAUACAUUCUCCGGCUUGCGCGCUCUGGCAGCUGGCGGCGUCGGAGGCGUAUGCGCCGUUGUCGUCGGACAUCCUUUUGAUCUGGUCAAAGUGCGAUUACAAACUGCGGAGAAGGGAGUCUAUUCUGGCACAAUGGACGUAGUGAGGAAGACGUUUGCAAGAGAAGGAAUCAGGAGAGGUCUCUACGCAGGCGUAUCCGCGCCUCUCGUCGGCGUCACGCCAAUGUGUAAGCUUUCUUCAUACUCCCGUCCUUUUGUCUCUCCGCUACUCUUCACUGACCCAACUUCUUUCAAAACAGUCGCCGUUAGUUUCUGGGGCUACGACGUGGGCAAAGGACUCGUGCGCCAAGUGUCCGCCGUACACGACGACAAGCUCAGCAUCGCGCAGACCUCCGCGGCCGGCUUUUUCAGCGCUAUCCCUCAAACCGCCAUCACUGCUCCCUUUGAGCGCGUCAAGGUCCUUCUCCAGAUCCAGGGCCAGAAACAGCUCGCGCCGGGCGAGAAGCCCAAAUACGCCAACGGGUUUGACGUCGUCCGCCAACUCUACCGCACCGGCGGCAUCCGCAGCGUCUUUCGCGGCAGCGCAAUGACACUUGCCCGCGACGGGCCCGGCUCGGCCGCGUAUUUCGCUACAUACGAGUACAUCAAGCGCAAACUCACCCCCGCAGGGUCCGAAGGCCAGCUCAGUCUCACGGCGAUUAUGACUGCCGGUGGCGCCGCCGGCGUCGCCAUGUGGAUUCCCGUGUUUCCCGUAGAUACUGUCAAAUCGAGACUCCAGAGCGCAGAGGGAAACCCGACGAUUGCAGGGACGAUAAGAGAGCUGUUUGCCCGCGGUGGAGUCCGGGCGUUUUUCCCCGGUUUGGCACCUGCUUUGGCCAGAGCAGUGCCUGCCAAUGCGGCGACUUUCCUCGGCGUCGAACUCGCACACAAGGCUAUGCGCAAAAUGUUCGAUUCAUAGAUCUGAUCUAGAUCUAGAUCCCUACCUAGUUCCCCGUAUCUACCUAUCCUACCUAACCUACGAAUAUCCGAGCUGGCGCUGAAGCUGAAGGUCAGAUGAGAUGGCCUUGGGUCCUGGGCUCUUAAUCCUGGGUCCUGGUCCUGUAUCUUGUAUCUCGGGUGCUUCGUCCGCGGACCCGAGACCCCAAGAAAUCGAGACUGGCGUGGACCAUUUAAUGGCAUUCACCUUCCACCCAGUGAGUCAGUGACCCAUCUGUAUAGGUAUCAAGGUAUCAGGU